UAUAAGCCCUCCCACUGCCAAUCCUUUCUUACCUUCCAAUAAUUGCAUUUCGUUCAAUACUCCUUUUACACAAAUAAAUUCAGCAUCGACCCAUCACAACUAAGGAAUCCCCACCCCCACCCAAGUAAGUGAUCUUUUUAUAUUUUGAUUAAUUCUCACAAAAUAAAUAAAACCCAUUCCAAUUCCAAAUUGGUGUGUUAGUCAGUCAGUCCAACCUCUUUGAAAUAUAAAUCUACAGAGUCCUAUAUCUAUCUUACCUCUGUGGUUAACGACAGAUAUAGAUACAAUGAAUCCUGGACAAGUCAUCCUGAUAGGAUCAACAAUAUGUGUGAUGCUUACUGCGCAUUUCUCAGUGCAACUUAUCUCGGAACAUCUUUUCCAUUGGAAGAAGCCGAAGGAGCAAAAAGCCAUAGUAAUUAUCACACUUAUGGCCCCCAUAUAUGCUAUUGACUCCUUUGUUGGUUUGUUAGAUUUUCAAGGGAGCAAAGCGUUCUUUAUGUUCUUGGACUCGGUUAAGGAAUGCUAUGAGGCUCUGGUGAUAGCCAAGUUCUUGGCAUUGAUGUACAGCUACUUGAACAUAUCCAUAAGCAAAAAUAUAGUGCCAGAUGAGAUCAAAGGAAGACAGAUUCAUCAUUCAUUUCCAAUGACAGUUUUUCAGCCUCACACUGCUCAUUUGAACCACAAUACAUUGAAGCUUCUUAAGUACUGGACAUGGCAGUUUGUUGUGAUUCGCCCUGUGUGUUCCAUCUUGAUGAUAACUCUUCAACUUGUUGGAGCAUAUCCCAGUUGGGUCAGCUGGACAUUCACAAUCAUUCUUAACAUUUCGGUAUCAUUGGCUUUGUACUCUCUUGUUGUUUUCUACCAUGUGUUUGCUAAGGAGCUGGCACCACACAAUCCUCUUGCCAAGUUUCUAUGCAUUAAAGGGAUUGUCUUCUUCUGCUUUUGGCAGGGUAUUGUGCUGGAUAUUCUUGUAGCAUUAGGUAUAAUCCGAUCUCAUCAUGUCUGGCUAGAUGUGGAGCAUAUUGAGGAAGCCCUCCAAAAUUUAUUGGUGUGUGUGGAGAUGGUUUUCUUUGCUGCUUUUCAGCAAUAUGCAUACAAUGUUGCACCAUACAGAGACAAUGACACAUCAAGCGUGAAAUUAGAUAAAAAGAAAGAGUGAUUGGAAGUUGGAACCCACACCAAUGUGGAUGAGAACUUUGAUGUACUGAUAGAAAUGAAUGAUGCUCGUUAUAGCUGUUUCAUGAGGAAUGAUGAUAUUUAUUAACGAGGCUAAACUUUUUUUUUUUUUUUUGGGAGAAACAAUGAGACUAAACUUAGUUGUUAUUGUUAUACAAUAUGGUGCAUGUUGCACCUUUAUCAAAAUGAUUUAGAAUUUUAUUCUUUGAGAAUAAAUAAUUAGGCAGCCUAUGUGGCUUUGUGUUGAUUUCCCCAAAUUUCAAGGAAGGGAAGUGUCAUUUUUUUAAAGGUUUGAGACUGAGUAUCAUUCUCCCAAACCUUAAGAGAGGUUUUUUGUAAUUUAGCCAAAAAAAUAAAUGAAAUACA